AUGGGACAACAAGGUCCCCCCGUGGGAGGAUCCCGGAAGAUUUCCUUCAAUGUUUCCGAUCAAUAUGAAAUUCAAGAUGUUAUUGGUGAGGGCGCCUACGGUGUCGUUUGCUCUGCCAUCCACAAGCCCUCCGGUCAGAAGGUUGCCAUCAAAAAGAUCACCCCAUUCGACCAUUCCAUGUUCUGUCUGCGAACACUGCGUGAGAUGAAGUUGCUCCGAUACUUUAACCACGAAAACAUUAUCUCCAUCCUCGACAUUCAACGACCCCGCAACUACGAAACCUUCACUGAAGUUUACCUGAUUCAAGAGUUGAUGGAAACCGACAUGCACCGAGUCAUUCGCACGCAAGACCUCUCAGAUGACCACUGCCAAUACUUUAUUUACCAAACCCUGCGCGCCCUAAAGGCGAUGCACUCAGCCAAUGUCCUCCACCGAGACUUGAAGCCCUCGAAUCUUCUUCUCAACGCCAACUGCGACCUGAAAGUCUGCGACUUCGGUCUGGCCCGUUCGGCCGCCUCAACGGACGAUAACUCCGGUUUCAUGACAGAAUAUGUGGCCACACGUUGGUACCGCGCACCGGAGAUUAUGUUGACAUUCAAAGAAUACACCAAGGCCAUUGACGUGUGGAGUGUCGGCUGUAUAUUGGCCGAGAUGUUGAGCGGGAAACCCCUCUUCCCUGGAAAGGAUUAUCACCAUCAGUUGACCCUUAUCCUGGAUGUCCUUGGUACACCCACAAUGGAAGAUUACUACGGCAUCAAAUCCCGCCGUGCUCGCGAAUACAUCCGUUCCCUCCCCUUUAAGAAGAAGAUUCCUUUCCGCGCACUCUUCCCCAAGAGCACAGAAGCGGCCUUGGACCUGCUUGAAAAGCUGCUCGCUUUCAACCCCGCCAAGCGUAUCUCUGUCGAAGACGCCCUGCGCCACCCGUACCUCGAGCCCUACCACGAUCCGGAAGAUGAGCCUACUGCACCACCAAUCCCGGAAGGAUUCUUCGAUUUCGACAAAAACAAGGAUGCCCUGAGUAAGGAGCAAUUGAAGCUCUUUAUCUACGAGGAAAUCAUGCGGUAA